AUGCUGAGGAGACGUAACCUGCUCACCACACUCCUGAUUGUUUUGCCAUGGGGCCUUCUCCUCACUUUGUGGCAUCAAUACCCAACUACCCGCUACCUCAGCCUUCUGAGAAAGGAAACAGAUGAAAAUGUGACUGCCAAAUCACUCUUCAAUAGUACAUCCCUUGUGAGAGAAGAAGGGUCAUCAUGUGUUCGACAGCCAGCCAUGGGGACAGUUGCCAAAAUAAUCCGGAGCUAUGUGUACUCCAGGCCUCCCCCCUGGUCAGACACAUUGCCUGCCAUCUUUGUGAUCACGCCCACCUACACCCGACCAGUGCAGAAGGCAGAGCUUACCCGGCUGGCCAACACUUUCCUCCAUGUGCAGAACCUGCAUUGGGUAGUGGUGGAGGACUCACCUCGAAGGACCAACCUAGUAUCCAAUCUGCUGGAGAAGGCGGCCAUCAAUUUUACUCAUCUGAACGUUGAGACUCCAAAGAGUCUAAAAGUAGGCCUGUCCUGGAUCCCGUCUCACACUCCAAGGGGCACAUUGCAAAGGAAUCUUGGACUGCAUUGGCUGAGGGAAAACUUCCGCAACACACCACCACCAGAAGGUGUUGUAUACUUUGCUGAUGAUGAUAACACCUAUAGCCUAGAGCUCUUUGAGGAGAUGCGCUACACAAAGAAGGUCUCUGUAUGGCCAGUUGCCUUUGUUGGUGGCCUCAGGUUUGAGUCCCCAAAAGUGAGCCCAGCAGGAAAAGUGGUCGGCUGGAAAACUGUCUUUGAUCCUAACCGGCCUUUUGCCAUUGACAUGGCCGGUUUUGCCAUCAGUAUCAAAUUAAUCUUGGAGAAACCUCACGCCAGUUUCAAGCUGGAUGGAGUGAAAGGAGGCUACCAAGAAACCAGUUUAUUGAAGGAUCUGGUGACCAUGGAUGGAUUGGAGCCCAAAGCUGCCAACUGCACAAAGGUCUUGGUCUGGCAUACAAGGACUGAAAGGCCAACCCUGGUUAAUGAAGGCAAACGUGGAUUCACAGACCCAAGAGUAGAAGUGUAG